UAACACGGGCACGCUUUCUGCGUUCUGUCUUUAAACAUGCGAAUUAUUUUUUAUUUAGUUGUUCACAUACCAUCUCUUAACAUGAUCAUAUGUCAUAGUCAACCCCCGAAAUAAAAACACUGGACAGUUUUUUUUUCUUCCUCGCGAGCUGGAGCCAUCGCGUUUCCCUCCCCGUCCACCUGCUCCCUAGUUAAGGGAAGAGCAGGAAACUGUCGCACGCGACGGGGAACAGCACGGCGGCGGCGUCGUCAUCCCUAGGAAAUCAUCAUGUCUCCCCCAUUUUGAGAUAGUAUCAGCCGUCGUGCACGGUGCUUGCGGAAUAUGGAGGCUAAUAAUCUUUUCAAUUUUGGCGGCCAUCCCUCUGAGUCGGCUAACUCAGGACUGAAGCAUUCCUCAGGCGACACACUCUACAGUAACGGGUCCUCCAUGAGCUUCCCCCAACCCAGCAAAAAUAUGAAUGGCGACAUGAAUGUGAAUGGCAUCACCACUGUAAUAGGAACCAGUGCGUCUGGUUCCCACCCUUCCACUGCAUACUCACUCAUGAGCAACCAUCAUCAGAGCAGCCUAGGCUAUGACUACUUGUGGGACCAGGCCCAGUAUAAUCCAACAGUGAGCACUGGCCACGGGACUGGUUUACACCCCAAGCAAGGUUCCAGCGGAGCGAUGCAGCAGCCACAGUCACAGCCCCAACCUCAGCAGCACUUCCAAGGUCACGGACAGUACCAGUUAAACGGGGGCGUGGGGGGAGCAUCUCGACAGUCUGCUGUGGCUGCUCCGCCCAACGUAACAGGGGCAGGGGGUCCGUACUGGAGUCGGGGGAGCCCUGGUCCACAGCAGAGCACCUCAUCUAUGAACAUGAGCUAUGGUGCUAGUAAUGCGUAUGGCUCCUACCAAAACCAGGUGCACCCAAGCAUGACCCCCCCUCAACACCAGCAGCAGCAACAGCACCAUCAGCAACAGCCACAUUUUGGGAUGGUGUCAAAUGGGAUGCCCUACUACCAGCAUCAGCCGCCACCACCCUCCCCCCUGGCCGCAACUCAGACUCAGUCCCAGGCUUCUGUCAUCCCGCUGACUGCACAGAAUUUAACUCCGUCAUGCAGCAGCCCUCAGCUUCAGCAUCAUCUGGGCCAUGGGAGUUCAAGUAGCCCCAGGUCCUCUGUUGCUGUACCGCCUUCUAACGUUCUGGAGAAUGGAGCCCUUCAGUCUCCUGACACCACCUUAUGCAGUCAGACGGUGUUGCCGACAGCCGUGCAAGGGCAUUUGAAUGAAGUGUACAAGGAGGUCGACACUGGCUACAACGAAACAGACCAGGCACCGGCUGUUCAACGGCUGCCUGAGGCUGAGGUGUUUACCAGCAAGCCCCCUGCCCCACAAUCUGUGCCUCCAAGCAAAUACUGCCCACCGGCUCAGCAUACCCCUCCUGAUGUUGGGCAGCCCAUAAACAAAUGCCACAGCAUGGCGGUGACGGGAGCUGAUCCUGCAGCAAGCGUGGCAUCCCCACUUCCGGUCAUAAUGGUAGAGACUAGCUCCCAGAUGGCAGAUCAGAGUGGAUUAGCUAAUGAAAUAGUCCCAUGCAUGGAGGCAACUGGAGAUGUGGAAUUAGUUGUUCCUCAUGCCAAAAUUAAGGAGCUAGAAGUCACAGAGAGAAAUUCCUUGAUGAUCUCACAGAUGGAAGUGAAGUUGGGAAAGCCUUGUGAAGUUACACCUGCCAUGGUCCUGGCCUCAGCUUCCCAGGUAGCAGGCAGGACUUCUGAACUUCUCAGAGGAGGUGCAGAGCCACUUGAAAGGGAGAACUCCACUGUGAGUGAAGGUGCUCUGAACAGCACUUGCAACACAGAGGAGCCCAGAUAUACUGCCUUGGAGUCAUCGUGCAUGGACAGCUCUGGGGCAGGUGGGACCAUUGCAGUAGAAGAAACCUUGAAUAAGGUAUUCAGUGAUGGCUCUCACACAGACGAAGACUCUGUGAGUGACAUUUCGGCAAUGGAGAAGUCCAUGGAUGUAUCUUCCCAACAUGACACGUCUCAGGUAGAGGAGACUCUGGAUACAGGUUUCACAACAGAAGAUUCCAUAUUGUUGAAUGAUACCUCAAACCUGGAGGAUUCUCUGAAUGCUUCUCAAAAUACCACCGGUGUGUCCGCCUCUCGUAAUUUGUCAAUGAGCUCCCCCUCUGAUGGUUCACGGCUAGCGGAGGUACAAGGUGUCCCAGACUCAGCCCUGGGUAGCUCAGCAUUGACUCUGGGUGAGGACCAGAAGGAGGUGGUCGUUUGUUGUGCCAAGGACUCAUUGCCCAACGAUCGUGUGUGUUCUGUCUUGUCCCCAGCCAGUGGUAUUGUUACCAAGGGUUUUGGAAAGCUUGCAGAUCCCAAGCUUUCUCUGUCACAGUCUGCAGCUGGAUGUAGAAGUCAUAGUAGAACUGAAUUAAAGGGCAUAGCUGGUGGUAAAAUGACAGGUUUGCUGCAUCAAACUACAAAGAUGAAGAAUCAAGCUAAAUUCCUGGCUGGUCAGCCUGUUGGCUCCGACUCCAGCUCUGAACCAUGCGCCUCCCACCAGCAGAAUUUAGUCCUGGUAAAACCCAAACAGGUAAAGAAAGUAAAAAAACUUCUGGUCAAACCACCAAAAGUGGAAGUGGUAAAGGAAGAAGAUGAUGACGAUGAAGACGAUGAGGGUGCUACUGCCAGUGGGGAUGUUCAGAGGAGAAGGAUAGCAACAGAAGAACAAGUCAACUUCCCUCUGCUGCACGGAUGGAGGAGGGAGGUUCGAGUCAAGAAGUGUGAAAAUCGACUGAAGGGGGAGACUUGGUACUACAGCCCUUGUGGGAAAAGGAUGAAGCAGUUUCCAGAAGUCAUAAAAUACCUCAACAGGCACCAGGGCUCUGUGGUCACCAGGGAACACUUCAGCUUCAGUCCUCGCAUGCCAGUUGGAGACUUCUAUGAGGAGCGUGAAACUCCUGAGGGUAUGAAAUGGUUCCUUUUGGCUGAUGAAGAGGUGCCCUCCAUUAUUAUGGCAAUCACUGGCAGACGUGGACGACCCCCCAAUCCUGACAAAGAGAGGCCCCGUGCCCGUCGUGCUCAGGGAGGGUCCUCCAAGCGCCCAGGGAGGCCUCCCAAGACAAGGAUGGUGGAUCUGCUAAGCAAGGUUGACGCAAAGCUGCUGAAGAGGCUUGAAGCACAAGAGACCCUUAGUGAAGAAGACAAGGAGAAGCUAAACAAGAUCAAGAAGAAAAUGAAAAGAAAGGCAAAGAACAGGAAGAAGGAGGCUGCCAAGAUCAAAAAGACCAGACAGGAAAAAAGAAAAGCAAAGCUUGAAAAGGCCAAAGAGCUACAGGAACAGGCAGGUGCAGAUGAUGACCAAACUCCCCCUCAGCCAACACAGGAGCCCAAGAAGCCUCGGCGGAGAAAGCGUGAAAAAGGAGUAGAGGAGAAAGUGGAGGAAAAGGAGGACCCCAAAAGGCAGAAGAGAUCCUCUGGUGCACGCAGCAAGGCCAAGGCUCUGGCCAAGGCACAGGCUGAAGCAGAGGCACAGGCACAGGCAGUCCUGGCUGCUCGCAGGCAAGCUGAGAGAAGGGCUCAGGCCCAGCGUCGGCAGGAGGAGCGAAAACGGCAGCAACUCAUCCUGGAGGAACUGAAGAAGCCAACUGAGGACAUGUGCCUCACAGACCAUCAGCCACUGCCGGAGUUCUCUCGUGUCCCUGGAGUGGUCCUGUCAGGCCGGGCUUUUUCCCACUGCCUAGUGGUGGUGGAGUUCCUGCAGAGUUACGGGAAGGUGCUGGGCUUGCAGGUGCCCCGGGAUAUACCCAGUCUUUCCACCUUACAAGAGGGCCUUCUCGGCCUUGGGGAUAGCCAGGGCGAGGUACAGGACCUGCUGGUGAAGUUGGUGCAGGCUGCCCUGUGUGACCCAGGUUUGCCGUCGUACUAUCAGUCUGUGAAGAUUCUUGGUGAGAAGCUGGUUGAUCUGGAUCUGAAUCGCAGCAGUGUGUCAGAGGGUCUCCGUAUCUUCCUUGAGUCACAUGCCUAUGAGGCAGAAGUCUGCAAGAGCCUGCGCACCAAGCCCUUCCAGGCCCACUCACCUGACACCAAGGCCAGCAUCUUGGCUUUCCUUGUGGAUGAGCUCAACGGCAGCAACAUCGUCAUCAGGGAAAUUGAUAAUACACUGGAAAAUAUGGCUGCUUACAGGAAAAACAAGUGGACCAUUGAAGGAAAACUUCGCAAGCUGAAAUCAGCUUUGGCACGGAGGACUGGGCGCUCAGAGGAUGAGCUGGGCCUGGAGGAUCGACGGCGCAGUGCCAGGGUGGCUGAGGAGGAGAGCCUUGGCCUGGAAGACAGUGGACUGCUGGAGAGGAGCAGUCGCCGUGGUCGCAAAGAGGAGGUGCAGCUCAGCGAGGGUGAAAGCCCAACUACUGCCAGUAUCCCUGAACUGGAGAGACAAAUUGAUAAGCUAAGCAAGCGUCAGGUGUUUUUCCGUAAAAAGCUGCUGCAGGCAUCUCAUUCUCUGCGUGCCAUGUCGCUUGGUCAAGACCGCUACCGGCGCAGGUACUGGGUCAUGCCUUACAUUGGUGGCAUCCUGGUUGAAGGGCCGGAGGAGGUCUUAGUUUCAGAGGAUAUAUUUGUAAAGGAAGAUGUGGAACCAGUUUCUUCAGUGAAGACUGAGCCCAAGUCAGAGCCCAUUCCUGAGCCCAAGCUGGAACUCCCUCUGUCACCAACAACUCCAUUGUCAACUAAUCCCCACCUCUCCCCAGUAGAAGUUGACACGCUUCCUGGCACGGCAUCCCUCAUGAGCAGCCCCAGGGGCCGUGGUCGGCCACGUAAGAUAAAGCCUGAAGUAGAACUUCACCUAAGGACUGCCAAGAACCGCCGGCGCCGCCGCAGCAUCAAGGCGGCCAGUGAAGAGUUGACAGAAGCUGAUGUACCCCAACGGGGCAUGCAGGACCUCACACAGUCAGCUUUCCUCUCCUGGCUGAGCCAGACUGAAGGCUUUCUUCCUGGCGGAGUGACUGGGAUGGAGGUCCAGCAAGGGGACAGUGGCCCACAAGAGAGUGUCAAGGAAAUGGCUGAGAAACAAGGCCAGUGGUUCAACCUGCUUCCCAAGAACCCCUGUGAUUCCAGCUCCGUCUCCCAGCCAUCCAUUCCCACCUCGCCACUGAAAAAUGUGCCUCAGUCCCCAUUGGUGCCUCCUGGAUCGGCUGCUUCACUGCUUAAGUCUGAGCAGCUGUUCCCAGAUGCAAGUCUUUGUCCACAGGUGUGUUCCACUCCUGUCCUAAAGCCAGGAAGGAGGCGGAGGAGGCGCAGCAGUGCUGCUCAGGGCUCAGCAGCCCGCUUCUCCUUUCCAGGGGCAAACAAACGACGCGGUCGCCCACCCUCCAAACUACUCCAAGAGAUCGAGCAGAAGUACUUCACUCAGUUGAUAGUCAAGCCUAUCCCUGCAGCCAUGGUGCGCGGGUGGUGGUGGAUUAGAGAGCCAGAGGAGUUGACAGCCCUCCUACAGGCACUGCAUCCACGUGGCAUCCGGGAGAAGGCGCUCCACAAGCACCUGUCCAAACACAUGGAAUUCUUCACUGAAUUUUGCUCACGGACCAUUAGUGACCCAAUAUUCCAACUCCAGUUUGAUGAGGGCAGCACACUGUCACAAACCGUACAACAGCCUUGGAAGGAGUUUGAGAAGACAAUGGAGACUGAUAUUAGUGUGCUGCAGUGGGUGGAGGACCUGGAGCAGAGGGUGUUUGCAGCUGAUCUCCAGAUCAAGAUUGCUCCUCAGAAUGGACCAAGUGACACUGAUGGUAACACGGAAACCACAGCCCCGGGAUUCCAGGGUUUUACUGUUCCGGAGCCAGAUUCUACCCGGGAGGACCUUCAGUACUAUGAUCAUGAUGUGGAGCUGAUGGAUGACUGGGUCGUGAAGACUAAGAAGGAAUGGUCCAACUUAAUGAGGGUGUCCACCAACCCUCUGGAUCUCGCUGUGCUGCGGCUGCUGAACCUGGAACGCAACAUUGAACGCCGCUACCUGAAGGAGCCCCUCUGGACCCCAAGCGAGGUUGUUCGGCUGGCCCCCCUGACCCCAAUCCCUGGAGAGGAAAACCACCUGGAUAUAGAGAGCUUGGAGAGCGAGAUCACCCCACGGCUACGAGCAUGGAGGCAGGCAGUGGACCGAUGCCGCAGCGCUGCUCAACUCUCCCUGUGUUUGCUGCAGCUGGAGCGGGCCAUUGCCUGGGAGAAAUCUGUCAUUAAAGUGACAUGCCUCGUGUGCAAGAAGGGGGACAAUGAUGAAUACCUCCUCCUGUGUGAUGGCUGUGACCGUGGCUGCCACAUGUAUUGUCUGCGGCCCAAGGUCACACAGGUGCCCGAUGGUGACUGGUUCUGUCCUGUUUGUACCUCCAAGGAAAAUGGCGACUGUCACCGUCCGCGACGCUUCCCCAAGUCUCGGUCGCGUAAGAGGCACGUCGGGUGCUACGGGUCGGGGAGUUCUGAUGAGGACGAUGGUUACAAGAAGGGCAUGACCACACGGCGGAGGGAGGGCCCCACCGUGUCCUCCUAUGCCCGCUUCUCAGGGGACAGCGUCGGCUCCAGUUUCUCGCCCUCCAAACGCCGUCGCAUGACUACACGCAACCAGCCGGACCUCACUUACUGCGAGAUCAUACUGAUGGAGAUGGAAGCUCAUGCAGAUGCCUGGCCUUUCCUGGAGCCUGUCAAUCCGCGUCUGGUGCCUGGCUACCGCCGCAUCAUCAAGCGCCCCAUGGAUUUCCUCACCAUGCGGGAGCGCCUGCUGCAGGGCGGGUACUGCAGCUCUGAGGAGUUUGCAGCAGAUGCCCAGCUGGUUUUCAACAACUGCCAGCUCUUCAAUGAGGACACCUCAGAGGUGGGCAUGGCUGGGCACUCCAUGCGGCGCUUCUUUGAAAGCCGCUGGGCGGAGUUUUACCACAAGGACAAGUAGGGGGAAGGGCCUGCUGCAAAGAAUGGAGUGUAACUCCAUUCACGAACUCCAGCUUCCCCAAAAAUUCAUGGAUGCUCCCAAAUAUACUACUAAAACUGCUACUGAAGCCUCUUCUGGCCAUGUAUACAUACAUGUGUUAAUAUCUGUAUAGACUGUCUUUCUUACCCCAGUCAUCAUAAACGCCAGCCCAAUUGAACUGGGUUCUUUAGCACAUCACUUAAAGCCCCCUCCAAUAACCGCUCAUGACCUACCCUGUUCCUGUAUCGCUAAAUGUUCUGUUACACCAAGAUCUGUAACUUUCAUCCAGCAUACCUUACUUUACAGUUCAGUUAGUGAAAUGCCACCCAGACACCAAUGAGGAAAUCAGUUGUUUGUCUCACAUUACCCCCAAAGUAAUUCAAACCAAAUUCACUCUGACUCACAAGUGGAUGUUACAUUUCCUUCACUGAAAAUAUAUAGUGGUCUCAUGACUAGAUGCAAUUUUUUCUCUAUUUUUAUUAUAUAUUCUAUGUAUACAUAUAUAAAGAUGAAAUAAAAUAGCUGGAAUUAUUUAAUAGCAAUAGGUUAUAGUGUACAGACCACAUUGUAGAGGUGUCUAGAUAAAAAUGGCCAGUAAAUGAAAAAUGAAUUUGAGUUUGUCAGUGUCUUGAGUCUGACAAUUCUACGGACCUUCCUUCCCUCUCAUGCUGCUUUGUGUCGAAUACAGUCUUUAUGAACUGGAGGAAGUCGUUUUUUGUUUCCGGAUGGACAUUUUAGCAGUUGAGCACUCAGUUAAUUCACCGUUACUGCUCACUUUGCUUUACCACAGGGUGAUAACAUAGCCUUGGUAUACAAAGCAUUCACUGAUCCAUUGAUGGUGAGGGUCAGUCCUAUACAUUUGUUCAUAUUUAAUGGUAGUUUGAGAUCUUGUACCAGUGUGUUCACUAGUCUAAGAGAUAGGCAGAACUGCUAUUGAAAGUGUAUCAAUGUUAAACAAAAAUGGUUUUGUCUAGUUUGUUUUAUAUAGGAGAACCUGGAAUGUGCUUAGUUCUAGAUUUCUUGGUUUAAAAGAAUAUGAAUUUAUCAAUUAUUAGAACUCCCUUUAAAGAGAGAAUUAAUUUCCUAUGUCAUUAAUUUUCUCUUUUUUUUUUUUUUUUUUUUCCCCUCCCCUCCUGAUUGUAUGUAUUCUUGGCACUUGGUUACCCUGAAUGUAUUUAACUAUUUGUUGUGGUGCUUUUAAGACUUCAUUCACUCCCUUUUUAAGAAAUAAUAAAUUAUAUGAAAGUACACACACACUCAGCAUAGUUGACCUAGUAGCUAUGUUUUCCAUUGAUUAUCAUUCCUGUAACACUAACUUCUGGUCAUGUGUGUCCAGAACUAAGUAUUCUUGAAAUCUGAAAGCUUGUGGUACUUUAGCCAAACACUCUCCCUGUUAAUGUCAACUUUAUGUAAUCCAAGGGUUGUUGAUGUUUCCUUUCGAUUUCUGGCUUAUUCCGCUAGACAAAAUUACACUUUUGUAAACCCAAAUGAUUCUCAGUGUGACUGAAGGUGGGUGUAGGAUGUGUUGUCAUAUUGGAUGCAGCAAGAGCGACUGGAUAGGCAGGCUGGUUUGGUGUUAGUCGACUCGUUGGUUGUCAGGCGAGUGACAGGAAAAUAAGAACUACUGUUUAGGUUCUCAGGUGAAGUGAUUUCUCCAUUUUGUGUGUUGAGAUUUUGGGAGGCAAAUGUGGCCUUUCUUUUAUUCGGUCUUUUUAUGUAGUCUUUUUUUUCAGUUUUUUCCUCCAGAAUUCACAGCAUGGUUACCUGGCACUGAGCUAGCAAGGAGCUUGCAAGAUAAAACAUGAAAGGAAAAAAAAUAUGGUAUUUAAGCGUAGUUUCUUACACUGAAAUUGAACUGGUGAAAUAUAGGAAAGUGUUCCUUGAAACACGAAAGGGACGUAGAUUUUUCUAAAACCAAAAUGUGGUGUUAAGUGACUUUUUAAUAAUGUACAGUUUUUGUGACUUUAAAUUUAUUCCUUUCUAUAUUUUUAGGACCAAUAUCAUUUUUAAGAGGAGGCAUUAAAGAACAUGUUGUACUGAUGUGAUGUAACACGUGUGCAUCUGUAGAAUGUACUGUGAGUUGAAUAAACCACAUCUAGUAGAGAGAA